ACUUUUCGUCUAAAACAGUAAUAAAUAUUCAUUACACUCACAGUUUAUAUGGGUCAUAAAUUCAGAAACAAGUAAACUGCAGAGAUUCUUGCCUGAAGUGUUUCAUGUAGCUGCCGUGAAGAUGUUAAACAAGGCUGCAGUCACCAGAAUGAAACAUAACUGUAUCUGCUUCACAAGGUGAUAGUGGUCCUUCAGGAGAGACCUCAGCUCCUUCCUAAAUGGUCCGUUCAGGUCCAUGGAUCUUUUAACAAACUGUUUCAACAUCCUCACAACUUGGUAAAUGCCUACUAGAGAGAGCAACAAAGUCCGGAUGAGGUGCCUUUUAACAUAUCAAAGCAGACGCUUGCCACCAGGCUCUUUCAGUACCAGUUACAAAGACCUGGCCCCCUCAGCACUUCUCACCUGCUCCCUAUCCUAAUUGUCUCCAGACUUGAAGCUUUGCUUCCCCGCCCCCAGUUCUUGAUUUCUAUCUAACCCAGCCAUUUGGCCAUGUGCUUUCUUGGCCUCCUGGUUCUUCUCUUGGGUCUCAGUUCUCUCCUGGUUGCUUCUCUUACCUGUCUCUUGCCCUUUCCCCAUCUCUCUCAUCUUAUGGCCUGGUUCAUACUGGACUCCUCCAGAUGCUUCUGGCUGUUCUCUUCUCAUAUCUACAAUAAAAAUCUUAACCUCAGCUAAGCCUUGGAGUCAUCAUGUCCUAAUUUUUAUUCACACAUCACCUCUACAAAAUGACAAAAAGAGUCAGAAAGCUUGGUCUCUGUCUUCUUUAAGCUAAAGAUUACAAGAACUUGUAUCAGACUAGUAAAAUCUAGAGGCUGAGGAUGGGGCUCCUAACAAUAAGGAACAAUAGAACAAACAAUAAAAUGGCAGCUUCAGAUACAGCCUGAACCAUCAGCAAACAACAAUUAUAGCAACAAAACCAGAUCAGUGUUUUUCAGGCACAAACAUUGAACAUUUGGAGAAGUAGUAAUAUAGGUCACCCAGAGAAUUGAAAGGAGUCCAACACAGGUGUAGACCACGUAAACAGCCUGGUGUAGUGACUGAGGGCUUAUUUAAGUUACCAGUCAGAGGGAAGAAAGUGAAUAGGAUUGGGGCUUUCACUGUGAGAUCCAUAGUGGACCCUGCUAGUAGAUACCCAUGGCAAUAUCAGAUAGGGAGUCCACAAGGAUAUAUUGAAACUUUGGCAAUCAUACAAAGGUAUGCACUUUCCCCACAACGUCUGGACUAUGUAGGGCCCCCAUUAGAAGUCAAAAAACAAUAUUUGAACAAUAUCUAGACACUUAGGUGACCAGUGAUUAAUAUUUGUGAUAUUGUAGAUUUCAGAACACUCCCUCUGUGUCUGAUAGCAUUGCAUUUUUAAUAUUGGUAACCAACUCUAACUGUAAGGUGGGUGCCUUGAGGGUCAGGCCCCUACUUCAAUAUUUCUGGUGGAUACUACUAUGACAGCAUAAUGACUGCUCAAAUGUCAUUGGCUGAAGGCCUCAGGGCAGGCAGCACUCAAAAUGCCAGUCACCAAGAGAUUUCAGAUCACCUGAAGGACAGAGAGAGAGUAGGUGCCAGGGAGGUGACCAACCUGGUCACUCUCCCCAGUGGGCUGGUGAGUGGUCCCUGGUACCAACUGGGACAUCUCAACUUAGCCUAAGAUAAAAGAGGUGUAGGGAUAUAUAUAUAUAUAUAUCACUCUUUCCCAGCUUUUUAAACUAAUUUCAAACUUAGAGCCACAGCUCAGGGCCUCCAAUUUACUAGGGUUAGUGGCUAUUUUACAGCCUCCAUGGAUCACCGUUGCCGUUCACGUGGCAUGAGCCACAGUCGAGUCUCUGGAUCUCAUAUCCGAACUCCCAGGGUCCCACUUCCGUUCCAUGUUGAGCAGGAGGCUAGGGAAGGAGAAGAAUGGGAACGAGAGCUACCUCGUCAGAGGCCUAUCAUCUACGGACCUCCAGAAAGCGAAGAGUUACAGGAAACUGUAAUGAUCUCCAAGCCAGCACCUUAUUGGGAAGGAACAGCUGUGAUUAACGGAGAAUUCAAGGAGCUCAAACUGACUGACUAUCGUGGGAAAUACUUGGUUUUUUUCUUCUACCCACUGGAUUUCACCUUUGUGUGUCCAACUGAAAUCAUCGCUUUUGGGGAUCGAAUUGAAGAAUUCAAAUCUAUAAAUACUGAAGUGGUAGCAUGCUCUGUUGACUCUCAGUUUACCCACUUGGCCUGGAUUAAUACCCCUCGAAGACAAGGAGGACUGGGGCCAAUAAGGAUUCCACUUCUUUCUGACCUGAACCAUCAGAUCUCAAAGGACUAUGGUGUAUACCUUGAAGACUCAGGACAUACUCUUAGAGGCCUCUUUAUUAUCGAUGACAAAGGAGUCCUGAGGCAGAUUACUCUGAAUGACCUUCCUGUCGGAAGAUCAGUGGACGAGACACUGCGUUUGGUUCAAGCCUUCCAGUACACUGACAAGCAUGGAGAAGUCUGCCCUGCUGGCUGGAAACCUGGUAGUGAAACAAUAAUCCCAGAUCCAGCUGGAAAACUGAAGUAUUUCGACAAGCUAAACUGAAAAGUACUUCAGUUAUGAUGUUUGGACCUUCUCAAUAAAGGUCAUUGUGUUAUUACCAUA